AUGAGUUUUCUAUGGGGGUCUACGAAGUCCAAAAAAAAUAAACACAGAAAGGCUGCCGGAUCUCAUUCCCCAGGUGCUAUUCCACUGCAACGUGUCAAGACGGCUCGUAAAGGUGUUCCUAUAGACUACCCAAGGACUCUGGAGAAAAUGCAUGGUGAAAGCUUGUUAUUCAGAACGUCCCUCUUGAGUGAAUUGGUAGGCGCUGGGAAGUCCGGCAUUGGGCCACCAGACCUGGUUCAUUGUACAGAGUGGGAUAAAUUUCAUGACGAGAAAAUCGGUGAGUUCUUCCAUAUUACCGGAAUCGAUGUUUCCAGCAUAUCUAUGCCAAUUGCAUUUUUGAAGUUGAUAAAGUGGAAUGACGGCAAGAAGCUGAAAUCAGCAUCCCUGAAAAAUGAUAACAUCUCUACAUAUUGUUCAUUCAACCUCUUUCAGAAAUUAGACAUCAGAUUAAGAUACGAAUCUGAGGACGUUUAUCAGGUGAACGUUACGAACUGUUCAAACGGAAACAAUGACAUACCAUUAAGUGAUCUCAUUUGGGAAGAAACUUUUGUGAGCUGUUGCAUAAGAAGUAUGAUUACAAAUCUAGACUGUGAAAGGAAAAUACCUGGACUGGUGGAAUUACCAUUUGUUUUUGAAAACAGAAGUGCGACUGACUAUAAAAGGGUAAUUGAUGUAUUAUGUAGGUUUUUACCUAGAUUUUUGGAGUGUGGUUGGGAUUCCACGAAAAGCGUAUAUGCAACAAUACUGAAUAACUAUCUAACUGAAACGCUACUGAUAUUUUUAUCGAUAACUCCAGCAUUCAUUACCGAUUAUGCAAUCCAAGUGUUGGACAAUCUGAUAACGAAUGACCCGUUGAACUUUAAAUAUUAUGCUAUUGUCGUUAUUUCCAUUAUGGAGCAAAGCAAUGACCGGGAUAUGGAAAUGAUUAAGAAAAUACAUGCAAUAUUAGACAUAUUGCUACCAGAGCUGUAUGGGCUACCUUCGGACAAACCUGACAAUUCUGAUAUAAUAAAUUGCAUCACUGACGUGUUAAACAUCCAGGCAAGAUUUCUUUUUAAUAGCGGUGACUAUGAACUAUCCCUAUCCGUCGCUACAAUGGCCACCAAUUUAUCCUCAGAUAGUUUUGAAUCUUGGUUUCUGUUGUCUAGAUGUUAUACUUUUUCACAAGAAUACGGUAAGGCCCUGCUUUCGAUCAACUCGAUGCCCUGUUUGCCAGAAUACGAUAUCAUCAAACAAUCUUUGACUACAGCAUUCAACUUGACUAUGAACUAUUAUAAAGCUCCGUUUUUUCACACCAGAGAACAUUGUACUAUGACAUCGCACGAGUUGAAUCAUCUGAUGAAUACUAUGCAUUAUGAGAAUGAAUUGGAAUUGAAAACGAUAAUAUUUGGGCGCACUAUAAUGCCCAACGAAUCAAAGUGCGGUUGUAUCGACGAUAUCUGGAAAAAGUCUUGUCUUGAGUUAGGGCCCAUUUCUGGGCCUCAAAGUGAUAAUUUGAUAAACUUUGUCUCUCAACAAGAGGUAGAUUCUAUAGGAGAUUUGACGUUACUGAAAAGAAGUAAAGAAACAAGACAAAGAAGCUGGUUUAAUGAGCAAGUUAACCUUUUGUUGAUGGAACUGGUUGCGAGAAUCGGUUGGAAUGCUGUCCUUCAAUUAAGGUCUGACGUAUUCGUUAUGGAAAGCAAGUUCAAAAUGAUAGACUCUUCGGAUGAACUUUCCACAGAACUUCGCAAAAAGAGACUGUGCCAAAGAUGGUUUGAUACGAUCUUUCUGGAUAUUUACGAAGAUUUAAGCAUCAGCACUUCAUCACAAGAAAAUAAGGCCACAGCGAAAUACAGUGGAUUAGAAUGGGAAUUACUUGGCCUGACUUUGCUUCGAGUCGGUGAUUUAUCCGAUGCAGUGGCAUGUCUACGAACCAGUAUUUUGGCGAGGUUCGACCCUAUCAGUUGCCACCAGCUCUUAAGUCUCUAUUUAUCCUUGGAUUUCAACGAUGUGUAUAUGAAAAGAUUCGACGUUGACAUUGUUUUGGACCUACUCGUGAAACUGAUCUCCUUCCGUAUACGAUUUUACGAUAAGUUCCAGAUAUUUGCUCUUCAGGUACUGAGGAAAUUAAAAGGGCAAUUGAGCCCUGAGAUCAUCAAAAAUAAAAUAAUCAACUCACCUCAUGGUCAAGAAGGAAUCGCAGUGGUAAUAGAUUACAUGCUCGAAUGCCUUUCAGAAGAUGGCAACGAAACAGACUUAGCUUCUGAACGCCCACACGAAAAUGCCUCUUUCACCACUGGAGAGCUUGCAAAUUAG